AUGCUCUGUGUGGGUAUUUUUGUGGGAUUGGUGUUAGAGUCCUGGUCUUUACCUGUGCAGAACUCCUCAUUGGUCCAUCAGACAAGGCUGAGGUCAAAGAGAGAAUAUUCAGAGCAAUACGUGGACCCAGAGGAGAUGAAUGCCAUGGACAGGAUCCUCAGAGCAAACCAACUGUCCAGAGGUUUUCCAUUACGGGAGGGUGACAUACUGAGUUCAGGAUCCCGCAGUGCCAUCACAUGUUUAGGAGAUUCUUGCCGCUGGCCCAAAUCUGUUGAUGGUUUUGUGUAUGUACCUUACAUCAUGUCCCCACUAUACGAUGAUAUGGACAGAAUCACCAUAGAAACAGGAAUGUUGGACAUUUCCUCUGCAACAUGUGUGAAGUUUGUGCCUCGCACACAUCAAGCAAACUUCAUUAAUAUCCAGUCUAGAUCUGGUUGCUGGUCAUAUCUGGGAAUGACAGGAGGCAGUCAGACCGUGUCUUUGCAGUCUCCGGGCUGUAUGUGGUCAGGAGUGGCGUCCCAUGAGAUAAUGCACGCUCUGGGAUUCGUACACGAGCAGUCCCGCUCUGAUCGUGACCACUAUGUUUCCAUCCUGUGGGAAAACAUCAUAGAGAAUCAAAGGCACAACUUUAGGAAGUAUGAGACAAACAACCUCAAUACAGCAUAUGACUACAGUUCUGUCAUGCACUAUGGGAGGCGAGUAUCGUAAAAUCUAUACAGUAUGCAUGCUUCUGCUAAA